AUGGCACCAUCAAGAAAACGAUGUAAAAUCAUUGAAUCAUCGUUUGAACAAAUCUAUCAUUCAUCAGAUGAAGAGCAAGUAUUUUUGGUACCUCCAUCACCAACUAAAAAGACAACAUCAAAACAAUGGUUAGAAAAAUAUCAACCUAAAACCGCGUCAGAAAUAUGUAUAAAUCCAACAAAAUUAAAACAAGUUAGAGAUUCGCUAAGAAAAUUGAUCAAUCACCAAUCCAAAAUUUUAGUGCUUACUGGUCCAUGUGGCUCAAGCAAAUCCACAACUAUCAAAAUACUAGCGAAUGAAUUUUACAAUGGAGAUAUUUUUAACGACAAUAUAACUGAAUAUGAUGAAACAGAAAAAUUUGGUAGAUUUUUGCAAAAUUGUAAAUAUAAACAAGGAUCUACUAUAUUGGUCGAUGAACUUCCAAAUGUGUAUCAUAAUGAAACGCUAAUGGAGUUUAGAGACGCGUUGAAACAAUGGAUUUACACAAAUGAUGUUACUCCACCAUUAGUGCUAUGUGUUAGUGAAUAUGAAUACGAAUCAGAUGAUUUCAACAGACUUAGUUAUACGAUUGAAAAUAAUAUGAAUGUUGAUACUUUAUUGGGUAGAGAAAUUUUAGGAGCCCCUGGAGUAGAAAUUGUGAAAUUUAAUUCAAUUGCAACGAGGUAUUUAAAGAAAACAAUUACUGGUAUAUUAAAAAGUGAGGAAUUAGGAAGAUUAAUGAAUGAUUCUAAGUUUGAUCAAUUUUUGACGGAACUUUAUAAGGUAGGAGAUAUAAGGUCAAUUAUUUUUAAUUUAGAGUUGUGGACAAAGUUUCAUAAAUUAGGUGGUGACUACAAUAGAGAAGAUGCUUUAAAUAUAUUUCAUGCAAUUGGUAAAAUUAUUUAUUCUUCAAAAGAAAAAGAUGUCGAUCCAGUAACUCAGGUGAUAGAGAGAUAUCCAGAUAAAAAUUCUGACCUUUUAAAUUUAGGAUUAUUAGAAAAUUACCACAUUUAUCAAGAUUCAAAUUUUGAUGUAAAGAUUGCAGGAGAUAUAUGUAAUGAUUUGAGUAUUAAUGAUAUUGUUUCAUUUGGGGAAGUCGGGAUGAGAUCAACUAGAACAAAUUUGGAAAAGGCAGGUCCCAAAGUUUCCACUUUAAAACUAAAGAUGAAAUUCCCAAGACAUUUUAAAAUGUUGAAAAAUAUUAGAAAAGCUCAUACUCAGAUAAAUUCAUAUAGAAGAUAUAUUACACCCACAACUUCAUUUAGUGAUUUGAAUUUAAUUGAUGGGUACUAUUUACCACAAAUAUACAAUAGCCAAAAAAAGACAAGAUAUAGGUAUAAUAGACUUGGAGGAAAGUUUUUAGAAGUUUUUGCUGAUGAAAAUACAGUUGAUGAACCGAUAACGAAUUAUGAUUAUGACCAAUUUCAAAAUGACAUUGAUAAUAAAAUAACAACAACAGAAGAUGAAGAAAUGAGUGAUCAAAUACAAGAGCUGGAUUCUGAUAGUGAUGGCUUUUCAUCUGAUGAUGAUAUAGAUUAUUUAAUAUCACAAGGUAAGUUAUAG